AGGAAGUAACACCGUAGUGAAUACAUGACCCGUGUUCCACUAUUAGUUCCACUAGUCUAUUACAGCCCGCAGCCGUAGAGCCGCUUCACCACUGUCGCGCCGCAGAUACACUCUCUUUUCAAAUCUUACCAGCAACAUUCAUUAUCUAUUUGCCUGCGCAGUGCAAUGGAUUUUUAACCGGGGUUUCUACCUAUCUAAUAUCAUAGAGCAGCAGAGCCUGCAGUGACCGGUCAGGCAGCGGUACACCAAGGUACCAAUCAAUACGACUGGAGACUUCAGAGAAAGGAUAUAUAUAUAGCUGCCUAUAGCUGCUACGAGGAAAAACGUCGCGGAGAAGGAGGCUGGAAUUAUGAAGGUUUGCCACCAUGUCUAAGGCCACAGCGAACAAGCUGCACUGGCGUUCCAAGGUGCAGGAGAGUUUUGUUCCCCUGGGAGACGGGUCUGGAGAGCUGGGUGUAGCCAUCGGGGGCGGGGCUGACUACGGAGAGUUCCCUUUCGUCACCGCAGCACCGGGAGGCGGGACCACGGUGGGUGAUGUCAUACUGGAGAUCGGGGGUACGCCCGUCCUGGGCAUGACGCUAGGAGACGUGAGAGGGGUCCUCAACUCAUGCCCCCAUCCCAUACGGAUUAAAACUGUCUCUCCAGGCUCUACUCUGUGUAAGGACCUGAGGCUGUACCUGAGCAAGUGUUUCACUCCAGGAUCCAUGGACAGCCAACUACAGCAGGUGAUCAGGGAGAAUUUGUACCUCAGAGCCGUCCCCUGUACGACCAGGCCGCCUCGCCACGAGGAGAUAUCAGGAGUGGACUACAAUUUUGUCUCCAUAGAAGAGUUCUUUUCCCUGGAUGAGUCUGGAGCCCUAUUGGAGAGUGGCAAGUUCAAAGGUAACUACUACGGGACACCCCGCCCAGUCCACAUUGGCCCAGACAGCCCACCAAUCACGUACCAGGAACACCGGAACGUGCUCCGGAACUUCAGGACGCGCAGCAAGUCGCUUAGCAACCUGGAGAAGGCUGUGGAGGAGGGAGAGAACAGUGAGGAAGACUCUGGUCUGUCAGCGGGGUCAGUAGGUGCCAGCAGUGCCCCGCCCACAGCCAAAUAUCUUAGCCAAUCGUGGGAAGGCAGGGAUGGCGUCGGAGAGGAGAACGGAGGGAGCGGCAUCGCCACACGAGGCGGAGUGACACUACCAGAGAACUGGGAGCUGGCCUUCAGUAACUCAGGAGAGGCUUACUACAUAGAUCACAUCUCUAAGACAACCAGCUGGCUGGACCCCAGAGAUCAGAGCAGGGAGAUCCUCAGCGAGACAGACAUACCUGUUUUCACGGACCAGCCAGCAGAGCUGAAGGGUUACUCCAUCCACACCCGUUUGUCUAAAGGGCUGCAGGGUUUCGGCUUCAACAUAGUAGGAGGAAGCAGGCAGAGGGAGUUUCUCCAGGUCUACAGCGUUACACCAGGAGGACCACCCGCUCUCAACACAGCUGAUAUCCUGGUCUACAUCAAUGACAGCUGUGUCCUGGGUCUGUCUCAUAAAGAGGUGGUAGAUAUGUUGAAGUCUGUCCCUAUGGGUCACAGUGUGGACGUUGUGUUACGGAGAGGCUAUCCCAUGCUCUACAACCCAGACGGCUGUCCCAAACAACCCCUGACCUCCUCCCCCUCCUCCUCUCCUCGGGAAGCCCUCAGCGCUGCAGCCACUCCUCCCUCCACAGCCACUGCCCAGUCCCUUUCCUGUCCCAGCCCUGCUGAGCCCCCCCACACCCACCCCCCUGGCCUGGCUAACCUCAAUCGGACCCUGUCUCAUCACAACGGCAACUAUCUCAGAGUGGCGGGAAACUCUGGAUCAGGGCUGGACGCUAACGGAAACGCGGCACCACCCUCCUACCCGCUGUCUAACGGUGUCCCGGGCUCUUCUGCCAGCUCAGCCUGUGCCCCUUCCUCCUCUCACAGUAGGGGCAUCCCCCCUCCUCCCCCUCCUGAAUCAACCUCAGCGUCCACCAGCCAGAGUGACUCAGAGGCCUUGGGUGGAUGGACACAAAGAUGGCCUCUGAUGCGCUACAAUGGUAACUCCCUCCCCACCUCCUCCUCCAUGGUCCACCAUCGGAGUGACCUCUCCACCUCCACCCUGCCCAUCUCCCUGUCCAAGCUGCCCCUGUCCCAGCCGGAGGUGGGCACCGCCACCACUCCUGGUGCCCCCUGCCAGCGGCCUCCCGUGCCCCAGACGUCCCUCAUGGCCGGCCCGCCUACGGAGGUCCCCCAUUGCGGCUUCAACGGCUGCCCCGCCAGCGCCCACCCCCGGGUGAGCCACAGCCCGACCGGCGAGGGUGUACCCGUAGGGUCUGGAGGAGGGGAGCUGCUCCCUGUGCCCCUGGGGAGGAGUGAGGGGGGCGGGAUGGGGUUCAGUGUGACGGCGGGGGGGAAGGGGGGGCAGCUGGCCCUGGUGAAGAGAGUCUGGGACAGAAGGCAGUGCUCCUCCCUGCAGACAGGGGAUGCUAUAGUGAAGAUCGAUGGAGCUGACGUGCAGAGUCUCAGCUUCGCUCAGAUGCAGAGGGUCCUUCAGGAGCACAUCAAGCAGGGAGAAGUAAUGCUGUUGGUUUACAGAGGAGGGUCCUUCCUCUCUCCUGUCUCCCCUAACCUCUACAAACCCUUCCCCUCUCCGCUUGGCCCCUCUUCUCACGGCCUCCCAUCCCCAUCCGACUUGCCUUCCACCUCCACCUCAGAUGCCUUGGUGCCCCUGCACCUCCCCCCCAGCCACAGUGGCCUCGCCCCAGCCUCACCCUCCACUGAACUCCCCUCCUUGGUCCAGAGUACCUCCUUCCUGGACUCAGUCCCGGUAACCAUCACCCUGGAGCCCAGGGACUGGCUAGGGAUGGAGGAGGGUGGUGACCCUGGGCCUCCAGCCAUGCCCCCUGGAGGUGGGGGAAGAGGGAGGUUGGGGCUGGGGGCCAUGGUGGACGGUAGAGGGGGAAGGGCCCAGGUGUCAGUCAUGGGUCAGGAAGUGGAGCUACGGAGACGGCCAGGGGAGGGGUUUGGCUUUGUCAUCGCCUCACAGGACCUCGCCAAUGGGGCCUCGCCCAUGCUGUCCCAUAGGUUUGUGACUGUGCGUCGGGGCAGCCCUGCGGCCCGGUCAGGUCAGAUCCAGCCGGGUGACCAGCUAGAGGCAGUGGAGGGGCGGUCCGUUGUCACCCUGCCUCACAGAGACCUGGCACAGAUACUGAGACGUGCCGGAAACACACUCAGGCUCACCAUCAUACCAAGACUUAACACCAACUCCUCUAAUCUGUCAGAAGGCCCAGAGUUAGAGGCUGACGGCAGGACAAGGAAAAGCCACAGACGGAGGCCCAAGGUGAGGCUUCAGCAGGACCAGCGUUACUAUAGUGCAGACCUAGAGAGAGGUCCUACAGGUUUUGGCUUCAGUCUGCGGGGGGGCAGUGAGUACAACAUGGGCCUGUAUGUCCUGGGACUGAUGGAGGGAGGACCUGCCUCGCGCAGCCACAAGAUACAGGUGAGUGACCAGCUGGUGGAGAUAAAUGGUGACAGUACAACAGGAAUGACCCACAGCCAGGCCGUAGAGCAGAUAAGAAGAGGAGGACAUCGUAUACACCUGGUACUGAAGAAAGGAAACGGAUACGUCCCAGACUAUGACCAUGAUCCCAGAUCAGUCUCCUUCUCUCUCUACCCAGAGGAUGCGGGUGUGGCUGCAGUAGAUAAGACGCGCUCCCUGCCAAGGAAGAGUGAAAGGCUGGAUAGAGGAGGAGGGGAGAGGCAGAGUAAAAGAGGUAGUCUGGGGGGAAUGAGGAGAAGAGGAGGAGGUACUCCUGACACAGACCUGGAUUGGCCCGAGGAGGAGGGUCAGGUGGUCAGUCACAGAGGUGAGAGUUUAGGGGAUAAGGACAACGGGAAACGCACCCAGAGUUUACCCAAGAACAGACAGGAAGUAGAGGAGGAGGAGGUGAGGCCCAGCGAGUCCAAACAGAGGUCAAAACAGCAGAGGAGCAGGGAAAUGCAGAGUAAGGGGAAGAAGAACAGGAGAGAUAGGGGAGAUGAGACAGAGGAGCUUCCCAUCAGAAACACAGGUGAAGGUAAGAGGGAAGAGAGGAGGAGGGAGAGAGAGAGGGAGACGGAGGUAGAGGAUUCCAGACCUGCAGAGAGAGUUCCCUUCUCCUUCCCCAAGCCGCUGCAGGAUGGAGAGGCUGAGCUGUCUAAUGCAGAGUCAGGGGCAACAAGCACCUCCGGAGACAGCUUCUCUGACCAGGUCAGCAUGUCUGCAGCUAGCAUCUUCGGUUCCACCGCCCAAGACCCCAGAGACCAGAGAGGAGACCCCUGGAGCACCCAGUCAUGGCUCCGGGCCAACCAUGCAUCCCACACCCCAGGCCCCUGGAGCAGCACACAGCCACAGAGGGCCACCUACAACAGUCCCUGGAUUAAACCUGACCUGCAGACGUCUCAGGUUUUGGUGGGACACAGACUGACAGGAAACAGGCUGAGAGGUCUUGACCUGUAGAUGAUAGAUAAUCCUGUUUAGAGGUUUCCUGGAUUAUUUACUCGUAAUUCCAGAAUUUGUCCAACCAGGAUUUCUAGAAAACCUGGGAAUUUACCUCCUGUCUGGGACACUUCCCUGACCACUGCACCACCCAAUGACCUGUUAUCCCACCUCUUGACCAGGACACAUCAUCAUACCCAUGAUUCUACCUACCUAACACCAUUGCCUAUAGAGGUCCACUAUCAUAUUGGAGCUAUAUCAUAAUGAGUGGUAUUAUCUUCAACAUAAUCAUU